CAUCCCCACUUCCUUCCCCUCCACCACAGCAAGCGAGCGCAACGCGGACGCUCGCGAGAUCUCCAUCUCCAUCUCCAACUCCAACUCCAACUCCGGCGGCGCGGCGGGAUCCGAUCAGAUCAUGGGCGGGAAGGAGCUGAGCGAGGAGCAGGUGGCGUCGAUGCGGGAGGCCUUCUCCCUCUUCGACACCGACGGGGACGGCCGGAUCGCGCCGUCGGAGCUCGGCGUCCUCAUGCGCUCCCUCGGCGGGAACCCCACCCAGGCGCAGCUCCGCGACAUCGCCGCGCAGGAGAAGCUCACCGCGCCCUUCGACUUCCCGCGCUUCCUCGACCUCAUGCGCGCCCACCUCCGCCCCGAGCCCUUCGACCGCCCGCUCCGCGACGCCUUCCGCGUCCUCGACAAGGACGCCUCCGGGACCGUCUCCGUCGCCGACCUCCGCCACGUCCUCACCUCCAUCGGCGAGAAGCUCGAGCCCCACGAGUUCGACGAGUGGAUCCGCGAGGUCGACGUCGCCCCCGACGGCACCAUCCGCUACGACGACUUCAUCCGCCGCAUCGUCGCCAAAUAAAUCAUUGUGAUUUCUCCUCUCCUCCUCCUCCCAGGAUGCGCUGCUUCACAGUUUGACACAUAAUAACUCUCUUGUCGUUUCGUCACCUAUCAUGAUCUCUCUCUCUCUCUCUCUCUCUCUCUGAUUUGCGCUUUGCUUGCUCCUCUAUUUUGUUCUUUCAUUUCGGUGUGAUUUGGACAACCUAGGGUUUGGAUAAUGGUGUGAUUAAUCGAUUGAUGGAUGGAUAGAUCUGAUUAAUGAUGCCUUGUUUCGCUCUCUGCAAUGUAAAUUGUGGAUCUAUCUAGCAUCCAACACAUAUGGAUCUAGUGUGUAGCCAUGCUUGUUUCCUUAUCAUCAGAAAAGAAAUGGCACGAUUUGUGGCUUACUGUUGUUACAAUGUUCACUGCAA